GACCCUCCUUUCUUUCAUUCAUUCAUUCAGUGUUGUGUCAUUUUCAUUUACCUAUUUAUCGUAUCGGAGUUAAGCCAUGUCUCCAGGUCCCGUUAUUGACGCUACCGCCGACGGACUCGACCAGCAACUUCCCUCCGUCGACGACUCACUCCUCAAGAAGAAAACUCUUCCUCAGGAAGAAGACGACGCUCCUGUUGUUGAGGACGACGACGACAAAGACGAAUCUGAUGACGACGAUGACGAUGAUGAUGACAAGGAAGACGGCGCUCAAGGUGGUACUGAAAGUUCAAAGCAAAGCAGAAGUGAAAAGAAGAGUCGAAAAGCAAUGCUGAAGCUCGGACUAAAGCCCAUUACUGGUGUUAGUAGGGUAACAAUCAAGAGAACAAAAAAUAUCCUUUUUUUCAUCUCCAAACCUGAUGUCUUCAAAAGUCCAAAUUCUGAGACCUACGUUAUAUUUGGGGAGGCGAAAAUAGAGGACUUAAGCUCUCAGUUGCAGACGCAAGCUGCUCAACAGUUCAGGAUGCCAGAUAUGGGAUCUAUUAUGGGAAAACAAGAACAAGGUGCUGUAGAGGAUGGAGCACAGCCUGAAGAGGAAGAGGAGGUCGAUGAAACUGGUGUGGAAGCCCACGACAUUGAUCUUGUAAUGACACAGGCAGGAGUGUCGAGAAGCAAGGCUGUCAAGGCUCUCAAGAAUCACAAUGGGGACAUUGUUGGUGCCAUCAUGGAACUAACUAAUUAAUUUUGCUUUAUUAUUAUUUUUUAUUUGUUUUAUGAGGAUGACUUUGGAACUUUUUCCAUCAUUAAGAGAGUGUAGUCAAACCAUAUCUAUGGUCCAUAUGAUUUGGUUUACCUUAUAAUUUUUGUUGUGCUUUGAAUUUUGUGGUCCGACAUGAUGAUCAAUGAUCAUAUUCUUUUGUUAUAUUUUA